AUCGAGGGCGAGGCGCAGCAAGAAACAAGAAAUUCCCAAACACAAACAAGCCAAGCCAGAGAGGGAGAGGUAGCUGGAGGAGAGCUGCUCGGCGAGGGCGAGGAUGGCGAUGGGCGACGCGAAGCCCUCGGCGGUGCACAUCCCGAUGCCCGCGCGCGACCGCGACCGCGACCGGGACCGCGAGCUGCUGCUCGUCCCGCCCGCCGCCGUCGCCACCUCCGCCUCCGCCUCCGCCUCGGCCGCGGGCCGCGACUCCGACUCCGACGACGAGUCCAAGCCUUCCUCCGCCUCCGCCGCCGCCGCCGCCGCGCAGACCGGCCGUGAGGCGUUUCACAAGGUUGUGCAUAGCUGGGCGUCCAAGAAGUUCAUGACCGGAUGUGUAAUCCUCUUUCCAAUUGCAGUUACAUUCUAUAUCACAUGGUGGUUCUUUCGCUUUGUGGAUGGGUUUUUCUCCCCAAUAUAUGCUCAUCUUGGAAUCAAUAUAUUUGGACUUGGUUUUGUAACUUCAAUAUCAUUCAUUUUUGUGGUUGGUGUGUUCAUGUCAUCUUGGCUGGGGGCAUCUAUUCUCGGUCUGGGAGAGUGGUUUAUAAAGAGAAUGCCAUUUGUUCGCCAUAUUUACAAUGCAUCCAAGCAGAUCAGUGCUGCCAUUUCACCUGAUCAGAACAAACAUGCAUUCAAGGAAGUGGUCAUUAUAAGGCAUCCCAGAAUUGGCGAAUAUGCAUUUGGAUUCAUCACUUCGGAAGUUCUACUUCAGGAUUAUUCCAGUGAGGAACAAAUGUACUGUGUAUAUGUACCAACCAACCAUCUCUACAUUGGGGACAUAUUUCUGGUCAACUCAAGUGAUGUGAUUAGACCAAACUUAUCUGUUCGUGAAGGCAUCGAGAUUGUCGUUUCAGGAGGCAUGUCAAUGCCUCAAGUUCUAUCCAUAGUGGAAACGGAGCAGAACCAAUGGAGCAGGAUGAGAUCUAGUCGAAGCUAAGAUAACCCUCCUACGUGUGCCCAGAUUUCGCUUGUAAUCCCGUGUUUACUGGUUUCUGUAAGUACAAGGGUAGGAUCCAAUAGUAGAAUGUACAGUUCUCCUGGCUGGGAAUGCAAAAUCACGCUGUGCACGCACUUAAGCUGUCACUCCAUUCAAAUGCGCGCGUGUGAACUUCGUUCCUUAGGUUGGAGCUUCAUGAGGUAGAGUUUGUCCUGACGGUUUAGAUGACACAGUUUAUUCGCUUCAUUUAUUUGGUUAAGAGGGAGUUCUAGUUCUGAUUGUCUGAAAAAUCUUUUCCAGUUGCCACUGGCUUACUAAUGACAUGGUUAAGUGCAUGUGUUUGUGUAUGACAGUACGAGAUUUGUGGCCUGAAUGUUGUACGCAUGAACGAAAUGACUACCUAUGACCAACGUGCAUUUGACUUGAAAGCUUAAUAUA